AUGCCUUCAUCCGUCUCCAGCUCACGCUCUGCAUCCCCAGAACCAGACUCGACAAUGCAGAUCUUCAUCAAGACCAUCGCCGGCGACACAUUCCCUCUCACUGUGCCCCCGACAAUCUCAAUCCACACCCUCACCACCCUCCUCUCUCUCCGCACCUCCCUGCCUGAAUCAGACCUCCGUCUCGUCUACGCCGGCAAGCACAUUUCGCCGUCAUCCUCAUGCAGUACGCUCCUCUCACACAACAUCCCCCGCGACUCGACCCUCCACCUCGCGACGCCGCUCCGGGGUGGUAUGCCUCCGAAGAAGAUCCGCUGCACAUACAAGGACUGUCGGGAAGGCGCACAGCGCAUCAUCGGCGACUGCGGAUUCUGCAAGGGGCACUACUGUGGGAGCCAUCGGCUGCUGGAAGACCACAAGUGCGAUGGGCUGGAGGACUGCAAGAAGGAAUCCCACGACCGUAACGCAGCGCAGCUCAACGCUGAGCGCACGCGGGUCAUCAAAGGCAUCUAG